CUGUGCCGCGGGGCUGACCCCGCCGGGGACCGCCACCUUCGCAGAGGGGACAGACGUGCGGUUCAGGCACGGCUGCUGAGCGGACAGACAGACAGACAAACAGACAGACAGACACUUGUGCUCUCCGCUGUCCGCGCCCGCCGCGGGAGGCUGAGCGCACCCGGGCUCUUGGAUGCUCUUCCAAGGCAUCGCUGUUACUUUGCGUGGAGUGGGGACCAGACCUUCGCUGGUAACUGUCACAACUAAAUAGGAAAUUUGGAGAGAGGCAGGAAAGGAUCUCCCUAAGGAUGUGCUCACGCUUUGGUGCAUCUCUGCCCGGCGUUUCUCCUCUGUGACUAAAGGUCUCCAGCCCCGCAUGGAAGGACGGUCUGACGUGGUCUCUCCCAUGCCUUGUCUCCCUCUUCUCCCCUCCUGAGCCCUUCUCCUGAGGGAUGGCAGCCGCCUCUUUCCGCUACGGCCUGACCAUCACGGGGGCGGUGCUGCUGGUGACCGGGACGCUGUGCUUCGCCUGGUGGAGCGAUGGGGAGGUGGGCUCCGGCAGCGGGGCUCGCCUCCUGCCUCCCCGGGGAGCCGAGGCCGUGCCCAGCUCCUCCUCCUCCUCCUCCAGCGCCCUGCUGCGCUCCGUCAGCUUCUUCUGCUGCGGCAUCGGCGGCAUCCUCCUCAUCUUCGGCCUCCUGUGGUCCGUGAAGGCCAAUGCCAGGGUGGUGUCCCGGCGCUACCAGUACCAUUUCCCCCGGGACCUGCAGUACUUCACGGCGGAGCCUCCGGAGAAGUGGAACUGCAGCACCUGGGACUCCAGUGCCAUCCCUACCUACGAAGAAGCGCUGACCUGCAGACCCGCCCACGGUGCCCCGGCCUACGUGCAGCCGCCGGGGAGGAAGGAGGAGCUCACGCCGCCCCUGUACCGCUACCUGGAGGAGGACGAGGGCUGGCAGGGCGGCCGCCGGCGCAGCUCCUCCGACAGCGCCCUGUUCCGCCCCAGCCCGUCGUGGCUGGACGCGCCGCAGCCCGAGGAGCCGCAGGCAACGCCUCCCCCCAGCUAUGAAAACAUCAGCAUCAGGGGAGUCUGAGCUGCACAGCCCGGGCCGGGACUCUGCGGGUGCCUGCCCAGCCCCUCGGCUUUAAACUGAGCCUCUCCGCUGCGGGGGUGAGAGGAGGGUGGGCGAGGAGGGGAAGGGUCAGCCUGGCUUUCCCUCCUGCUGUCCGAGCCGUGGCUCCGGCGCUGUUGGGAUUGCGGCUCCUGCGGGCACCUGAGGUUCAGAGCGUCGGGGGUGACCGGCAUGUUUGAAAGCUUUCAUAUUUUUAAUAAAACCACUGCUGGUUUCA